UAAUCUUAUCCAAAUAUGGGAAACCUCGUUAGUCAGAUUUCCACAGGCUCCGCGCAACUCACAGACGUCUGCUGCUCUCCUAUACAUAACCAUAUAUAUUUGGGACCCAAUGACGCACGAUUCUCUCAUUUAACUACAAAUUACUGCGACUGAAGGCCAUGAGUGACCAAAACCUCAAUACCCAUCUCUUUGAACUCAAUAAUGGAACCAUUCGUGUUCUCCUCACCAACUAUGGCGCCAUCAUUACUUCCCUCUUCGUCCCUGACAAACAAGGAAAACUUGAUGAUGUUGUUCUUGGGUUUGACUCUGUGGAAGAAUAUAAGAAAGGCAAUGCACCUUAUUUUGGCUGCAUUGUGGGUCGGGUCGUCAACAGAAUCAAGGAUGGGAAGCUCUCCCUCAAUGGGGUUGAUUACUCUUUAGCUGUAAACAAUGGGCCAAACAGUCUCCAUGGUGGUAAUAAGGGAUUUGACAAAGUUGUGUGGGAUGUCGUGGGACAAAACUCUGGGGAACAACCAUCUAUUACCUUCAAGUAUGAAAGUCAUGAUGGGGAGGAAGGAUAUCCAGGAGAUGUUACUGUAACUGCUACUUAUACACUAAAUUCUAGCAAAUCAUUGAGGCUUGACAUGGAAGCAGUGUGUCAAAACAAAGCUACUCCAAUCAACUUAGCACAGCAUACCUAUUGGAAUUUAGCAGGUCACAACUCUGGGAAUGUGCUUGAGCAUGUGGUUCAGAUUUGGGGAUCCCAAAUAACCCCUGUGGAUCACAACUCAAUUCCAACAGGUGAAUUUUUGCCAGUAAAAGGCACAGUUUUUGACUUCACUUCAGAGAAGAAAGUUGGAAGCUCAAUCAGUGGAGUCCAGGGUUUAGGGUAUGACCAUAACUAUGUCCUUGAUUGUGGAGAAGAUAAAAAAGGCUUAAAACAUGCAGCUAAAGUGAAGGAUCCCUCUAGCUCUAGAGUGUUGAACUUAUGGACAGAUGCACCUGGUAUGCAGUUCUACACUGCGAAUUAUGUGAACGGUGUUUCAGGGAAAGGUGGAGCUGUCUAUGAAAAGCAUUCAGGGUUAUGUUUUGAGACUCAGGGCUUUCCAAAUGCCAUUAACCAACCAAAUUUUCCUUCUAUUAUUGUUCAGCCUGGAAAGAAGUACAAGCACACAAUGUUGUUUGAGUUUUCAGUUGAGUAGGUCUUUUAUCCCUUCAAUGCAAAUUUCAUAUGUUUGCGAUUUCUGCUAUUGAAUGUGGAAAGUUGUUGAAUUCACAAUUUUGUUCACAAAGUGUAAAAUCAAACAUAAAUUUUAAUGCUUACAAAUAUUGACACAUUACUGGAA